AUGGUUUUUGAAGUCUCUCCUUUUACAUUAUUAAGUAACGACGGGAAGCUUUCAAUUCCCAUGGAUGAGCCCACUAUUAAACAGCGCCAAAAGGUUGAAGUGCAACCUGAGGGAGUGAUUAUGGAAGAACGCACCACUUUAAUUAAGGACAACAAAGUGAAAAGGGUUACGAAAAGGCGGCUUUAUACAUGGGAUGAGAUACCAGAAUGGCAGAGGGACAACGAACAUAUUAUACGUGGUUAUGUCAUGGAGACCAAGAGCCUACGCGAUUGCAUUAUAGCGCUUACGUACUGGCACAAUGAGUCCAUUAACAUCUAUACGCAUUUGAUUCCGGCCUGCUUUUUUUUGCUGACGAUGCUAUUUAAUGAGUAUCUUCUCACACACUUCAGAACUACUGGCUUGAUUGAUAUUAUAAUGAUUGACCUUUUUUUACUGGGAGGUUUCACAUGCCUAAUGAUGAGCAGCACAUUUCAUUGCUUGAAAUGCCAUUCCAUCGAAGUGGCUACUUUCGGGAAUAAACUUGAUUAUUUGGGAAUCGUAGCUCUUAUCGUGAGUUCAAUGGUUAGUAUACUCUAUUACGGCUUUUUCGACAAUCUGCCUUACUUCCUUACGUUCUCGAGUUUGACCAUAUCUUUUGGAAUAGCCUGUGCAACAGUGUCGCUCAGUGAUAGAUUUCGAACAAGAGAGUGGAGGCCUUAUAGAGCAAUGCUUUUCGUUGCUUUCGGUCUUUCAGCUUUGAUUCCAAUAAUCGCGGGCGCUUUUCGGUAUGGAGUCAAAGAGACGUGGGUACGCAUUCAAGUUAAAUGGGUCAUUUUCGAAGGUGUCUUUUAUAUUCUAGGUGCCUUUCUUUACGGCGUUCGUUUUCCUGAACGCGUUGCACCAGGUAAGUUUGACAUAUGGGGUCAUUCACACCAGCUUUUCCACGUCUUGGUAGUAGUUGCUGCUUGUUGCCAUUUUCGGGCUCUUUUGGGUGCAUAUGCGCUUGUUCAUAAGCGAAUUGUAUUAUAG